AUGGCCCCCGUGGAUGUUUUCUCUCUGAGCCAUCAAGGCCCCGUGACGUGCCAUGCGUUCAAUGGCGACCGUUCCCAGGUCGCCGUUAGCCUGAACAACAACGAAGUGCGCAUCUACGCCCGCGCCGGCAACGACUGGAACCACAUCGAAACGUUGACGGAGCACGACAAACCCAUUACAUCUAUCGACUGGGCCCCGAACUCCAACCGGAUCGUCACCUCCGCGCAAGACAGGAAUGCGUACGUAUGGACGCUGACCCCCGAUCCUCAAACUGGCCAUAUGACCUGGAAGCCGACGCUUGUGCUGUUGCGCAUUAACCGUGCCGCGACGUAUGUUCGCUGGAGUCCCAACGAGGAUAAGUUCGCUGUGGCUAGUGGUGCUCGUGCGAUCGCCAUCUGCUCCUUCGAUCCAGAGGGCGAUUGGUGGGUCUCCCGCCUGCUCAAGAAGCCCAUCAGGUCGACCGUGUUGUCGGUCGACUGGCACCCCAACAAUGUCCUCCUUGCUGCCGGUAGUGCGGACAUGAAGGCGCGCGUUUUCUCCGCGUACAUAAGGACUGACAGGCCGUCAGCCUCUGUCUGGGGAGAGAAGCUCCCUUUCAACACCAUCUGUGGAGAGUAUGCUAGUCCCUCGGGCGGAUGGGUCCACGAUGUUGCCUUCUCGCCAUCUGGUGAUGUGCUUGCUUUUGUCAGCCAUGACAGCACCGUGAACAUCGUGUACCCCGGCGGCCCCACUGUAUUCACGAUCAAGAUGUCCAGCCUUCCCCUCGCUACGCUGACGUGGACCACAGAGGAGUCCAUCGUCGCCGCCGGGCACGACUGUCAGCCGCUCGUCUUCGCGGGCAACACCACCGGCUGGGAAGCCAUCGGGACCCUCGACGACCCGCAGGCGUCCAAGGCGCCUGGCGGCGGGCGUGGCGGGAUGGGCGCGUCCCCCGUGGGCCGCCUGAACAGCGCCGCGUUCAACACGUUCCGCAACGCCGCCGAGCGCGGCAUCUCGAACGUGCCCGGCUCGCCCACUGCGGGCGGCGCGGGCGAGUCCGAGCUCUUCACGGUCCACCAGAACACGAUCACGAGCGUGCGGCCAUACGCGGGCGAGCGGGGUGCGGUGAGCCAGGUGAGCACCUCCGGCGUUGACGGCAAGCUCGUCGUCUGGGAUGCGAACGCGGUUACUCCCAUCUCCGCCGCGGGGCUCACGGGGAAGCUGGGCAAGAUGUCGAUGCGAUGA